CCUCUAUAAAUCACGGGACUGCGCACCAACCUUCGAAAGCAGAGCAAGAUCAGAUCAGAGAACAGAGCGGAGCGGAUAAACUCGAGUUCGAUCAUCACCAACCAUGUCGUGCUGCGGAGGCAACUGCGGGUGCGGAUCCGGCUGCAAGUGCGGCAACGGCUGCGGAGGGUGCAAGAUGUACCCUGAGAUGGACGAGGGGGUGAAGACCACCACCUCCCAGACCCUCAUCAUGGGCGUCGCCCCCUCCAAGGGCACCCCGUCGUUCGAGGCCGCCGCCGAGACCGGAGCCGAGAACGGAGGGUGCAAGUGCGGCGAUAACUGCACCUGCAACCCGUGCACCUGCAAGUGAUCCAUCAAAUCAAGACAAGGAGACGCCAUGGACGGACCUGAUGAAGGAGCGCUAGUAGUUGUUAUGCAUGGUGUGUGCUUGUGUGUUUCGUUUUUAAUUGCCGCCGAGAAUAAGACGAGAUCUACCUUAUCGUAUCGAGCUGGUUCAUGGCGUAUGUGUGCCCCUUGUGGCUUGUACCGUGUGCUGUGUAAGGCGUCUUGUGGAAUGAUGUGCCUUUUCCUACUGUUCUAGUUCCGCCCUGAUGUGCCUUCCCCGUCUUAUCUACAUCUACAUAUAUGUAGACAAUAAUAAUUUGGAGUUUCUGUC